AGGGAGACUGCCCGGGCGGGCAGUGGUUGAGCGAGGGGAACCGGGUUGCCGACCCAUCGCUAUGGCCUCGCUCCCCGUAGCCGCGAACUGGACGGACGGGGGAACAGCGGGUGCGGACGCCGGGAACCCGAGUGCCGCGCUCGAGGCUGGGGCAGCCGCGGGAGAGGCUGACCCCGAGUGGCUGCAACUGCUAGCCCAAGCCGGCAAUCUUUCCGCUUCCUCCUCCACGCUGGGACUGGCCGCGGCCUCCGCGGCGCCUUCGCAGUUCCGGGCCAACCUCACCAACCAGUUCGUGCAACCGUCUUGGCGCAUUGCGCUCUGGUCCCUAGCGUACGGCGUGGUGGUGGCCGUGGCGGUCUUCGGGAAUCUCAUCGUCAUCUGGAUCAUCCUGGCCCACAAGCGCAUGCGGACCGUCACCAACUACUUCCUCGUGAACUUGGCUUUCUCCGACGCCUCCAUGGCCGCCUUCAACACCUUGGUCAACUUCAUCUAUGCGCUUCACAGCGAGUGGUACUUCGGAGCCAACUACUGUCGCUUCCAGAACUUCUUUCCUAUCACAGCAGUGUUCGCCAGCAUCUACUCUAUGACGGCCAUUGCAGUGGACAGGUAUAUGGCCAUUAUUGAUCCCUUGAAGCCCAGACUGUCUGCCACUGCAACCAAGAUUGUCAUUGGAGGCAUUUGGAUUCUAGCAUUUCUACUUGCCUUCCCUCAGUGUCUUUACUCCAAAACCAAAGUCAUGCCGGGCCGUACUCUUUGCUAUGUGCAAUGGCCAGAAGGUCCCAAACAACAUUUCACUUACCAUAUUAUUGUUAUUAUACUGGUGUACUGUUUCCCAUUGCUCACCAUGGGUAUCACAUACACCAUUGUUGGAAUCACUCUCUGGGGAGGAGAGAUCCCAGGGGACACCUGUGACAAGUAUCAUGAGCAGCUAAAGGCUAAAAGGAAGGUUGUAAAAAUGAUGAUUAUUGUCGUGGUGACAUUUGCCAUCUGCUGGCUGCCCUAUCAUAUUUACUUCAUCCUCACUGCAAUCUAUCAACAACUAAAUAGGUGGAAAUAUAUUCAGCAGGUCUACCUGGCUAGCUUUUGGCUGGCAAUGAGCUCAACCAUGUACAAUCCCAUCAUCUACUGCUGUCUGAAUAAGAGAUUUCGAGCUGGCUUCAAGAGAGCAUUCCGCUGGUGUCCUUUCAUCAAAGUUUCUAGCUAUGAUGAGCUGGAGCUCAAGACCACCAGGUUUCACCCGACUCGGCAAAGCAGCCUGUACACUGUUACCAGGAUGGAGUCCAUGACAGUGGUGUUUGACCCCAAUGAUGUGGAUAAGACCAAAUCCAGUUGGAAGAAGAGAGUGCCUCCAAGAGACCCAAGCUUCAACGGCUGCUCCCACCGGAAUUCCAAAUCUGCCUCCACCACUUCAAGUUUCAUAAGCUCACCCUAUACUUCUGUGGAUGAAUAUUCCUAA